UCCUUUAUCCGCACUUGUUUUACUGUGCACAUCAUACGAGUGCUCUGCAAAAUUGCCAGCAAGGAAUCAAAGAAACCCUAAUUUUUAACUUCUUCGUGUAAAAUUUGCCCUAGUUAUUUGAAGAGGAUUGCAUUUUGAGAUCCAUAUAUCAUUUUCAGAGGCUAGAUUCGUGGUUUGUUUGGAUUGCGAGGUACACUUACGUGGAAAUGGCGAAAUUAGGUUUACUGGUUUAUUAGCUGUUCGGGAAGCAAUCUUUAUGCAAUUUCUCUCUCUUUUUUUUUUUUUUUUAAUUUUACUAUUGAGCUAUAUUUAAUUACCUAUAUUUAAUUAGUUACCGUCACAGAUACGAUUUUCAUGGAUUAUCUGGUUCUUUAGGGGAAGUUUUGACCGAAGUAGAGGUUUUUUCGCUAUGAUAUUGUAAAGAUGAGCUGUUCUCAAUUUGCGGAAAGUGAAUAAAUUAUGGUUAUUAAAUGUGGUGAAUUACAUUUUUGAAGGAACAUUUCUGAAUUUUCAGUACUUAUGCCAGAAAAGACUGACUUGUGUGAAUUAUCAUUAUGAGAAACAAUGAAUCCUGUUAAAGUGCAUAUGCUGUUAGAGAGAUGGAAUCCAUGGUUGUUUUAGUCAGAGAAAUGCCAAAGCCAUCGACGGAGAAAUGAAUGAUGAAAUUUUAAGCACUCGUAUGACUGGUUUUGUAACUACCAGACAAUGGCAUUGAUUGAUUUCAAUUUGUAUUUCAGCUAAACUGCUUUACAAAUCUUAUCCAGGCAACACGUAUUCUUCUGUUCUAUGUUUGCUUUUGAAGCUCAGCCGUCAAAAUUAUGGAUUUUAGGCAGGUUCAGGGAAAAUUGAUGGAGAAAUAGUGGUUUCUUCUCAAACUAUGAUAGAUUUAGGUUUUUGCUAAAGAAGAUGAAAUCAAUUAUUGUACAAUAAGAUCCACAAAGGUGUCGAAUUCUAAUCACACUCGACCUGUGAACAGUGUAAAUAAGGUUAGUACAUGUAAUUUAGUAAAUGAUGCAGUCUAAAUGAGUUCUCUUCUAAGAGAAGUGGCACUUGUUCAAUGAGAUUGAAUAUGACAUCUGAAUUUGUUCAGUUUGCACCUACUAAUGGUGCAAUUAGUGUUUUUGGAGGUUUUAUAAGAAGAGGAGGCUGCAAAAAGGAGUGCUCGACAUGUUAUCUAAACAAAAAUGUUGGUAGUUUGGAUAUUAAAAGCGAUUUUUCAUGGAAGAGAAGUGGUAAAGCUUUAUCGACAUCUGUUGAGGAGUUUAAUAACAAAAAGUGUGUACGAAGCAUUGUAAAAGCUGCAUCAGAUCAUGGAAGCUGGUAUGAGGAGGCUAAUUCAUCCAAAUACAGUUUUUUUGAGGGAAAUGAUAGGAUCAGGCGAAAAACCUUUGGUUCUUUAAAUGGGAUUGUCUACAAGAGGUUAAUGGAGAAAGAGGGUGAGAACUAUGAAACUGACUUUCCCGAUCAUAAUAUUUGGGCAUCUUCUGUGGUGGAUCCUAUGAAUGAUCGUGUAGAAAAUAGUCGCGCAAAUCCUUCCAUGGAGUCCAAGCGCAAGGAAAAAUUCUUAGGUGAGAAAUUGAAUGUUCAUGGGGAAACUGUAAGCAAACGAGACAAAGAUGACCCAUCCUCAAGUAUUGAUUUUCUUACUUCAAAGGAAGACAUGGAAAACAUUGAAAGAAAGAUCACCCAAAGACCAGAAAAUAUUGAGGGUAGUGAUUUUGAGGCCUCUAAUGCCAUAAGCAAGAGGCAGGUUCUAAAGAGAUCAGCUAUGCUUGCAAAACAGGUGAUCAGCAUACAGUGUGCACUUACCCUUGGCUAUGUAUCUCAACUUUGGGUUGACACUACAUCAUGGACAGUUGUCAUGGUUGAAGUUAGGCCAAGCUUGCUAUCUGGUGAUAUAGGGAGGUUUUUGUUAAAGGAUGUAUACCAGGUGGGGGAUGUCGUGCUUGUUGAGGAUGUGAGUGUAUUAGAGAAUGAGCCUAAAAUGAUUGGGCUGGACACUCUGGUGGGAUACAACGUUAUAACAGAUGAUGGGCGCAAUGUUGGGAAGGUGCGAGGCUACUCUUUCGACAUAAACACGGGAGCUGUAGAAUCCCUCGAACUGGACUCCUUUGGGAUAUCCAUCAUUCCAGCCAGUUUGGUGAGCACAUACAGUUUGUUUGUGAUAGAUGUGCUUGAAGUCACAAUGGAAACAGUGAUUGUGCAUGAUGGCGUGUUCUCUCGAGUGCAGAGACUAACAAAGGGAAUUUGGGAGACCCGAAACAUCGAUAUGGCAGGUGGCCGACGUAGAGAAAAUUAUGACUAUGAACCUGGGUCUCCAAGGAAAGGCACAAGAAAGAGAUCAGGUGGUCGGAGAAAUUCUCCAAAAAAUCGAGAAAUUGAACAGGAGUGGGAGCUCCCAAUGGAUUAUUGAUCCUUGGGUACCAUUUAUUCUCUUCUACAAAAUGAGUGGAAAUAUUUUCUUUAUGAGAAAUAAAUCUGUGUGAAAGUAAGCCAUGUUCGUUUCUUGGAGAACCUUUUUUUUCUUUUUACAGAAAUAGGUCUUCUUUUGA